AUGGCAACGUCGGCGCUCUACGCCUGUACAAAGUGUAACCAGCGGUAUCCUUUCGAGGAGCUGUCGCAAGGCCAGCAACUCUGCAAGGAGUGUCGCAUCGCUCACCCGAUAGUGAAGUGCACAUACUGCAGAUCUGAGUUCCAGCAGGAAAGUAAAACAAAUACUAUCUGCAAGAAAUGUGCCCAGAACGUCAAACAGUUUGGAACGCCCAAACCGUGUCAGUACUGUAACAUUAUUGCAGCGUUUAUUGGGACAAAGUGUCAACGCUGUACGAAUUCGGAAAAGAAAUACGGGCCACCUCAAACUUGUGAACAGUGCAAACAGCAAUGUGCCUUUGACCGCAAAGAGGAAGGCAGGCGAAAGGUGGAUGGAAAACUGCUGUGCUGGCUGUGCACUCUGUCCUACCGCCGUGUUCUGCAGAAAACCAAGGAACAAAGGAAAGGCUUUGGUUCCUCCAAUGCCUCGUCCCUUAACGAGAAGGACCAUCACUCAAGGCAGCACCAUCACCAACAAAGACACAGCAGUUCUCACCACAAGCUGAGUGGGAGCUUGAGUCCGGAGCAGGAGCAGGGAUUGUGGAAACAGAGCCAUAAAUCGUCUUCAAUUCAAAAAGAGACUCCAAAGAAGAAACCAAAACUCGAGAUGAAGCCAUCAAACGGUGACAGUAGUUCCAUCACCCAGUCCAUGGAUUCUGGAGGAACGGACAACUUCAUUCUCAUCAGCCAACUGAAAGAAGAGGUCAUGUCACUAAAAAGAAUGGUGCAACAGAGGGACCAGACCAUUCUCGACAAGGAACGAAAGUUAACAGAGCUGAAAGCUGACUUUCAGUAUCAGGAAUCCAGCAUGAGAGUCAAGAUGAACCAAAUGGAGAAGGCGCACAAAGAGGCCAUUGAGCAGCAGCAGGCGAAGAACAGAGAGCUGAUGAAACAAGUAGCCGCGCUGUCCAAAGGAAAAAAGUUUGACCGGACGGGAAGUUCACUCCUGCUGCCCUAA